UUAAAAAAAUUUUAAAAAACAAUUGGCGCCUCAAUUUUCCCUCCAACACCCCGUUCUUGACCUUUUCCUUUUCCCUCCUCCUUCCUUUUUCAAAAUCCUAACAAAAUCCCCCAAAUUAUUUUCAACUCCAAAUUUUCUCUGUUUCUUCUUUACCCAAACAAACAAAAUCCUUUCACUUUCUCCUGGUUUAAUGGAGGUUUCAACUGAAGCAGCCGUUGAUGUGUUUUCACUGCCUUCUAAAAUUGAAUCCCUAGAGUCCAAAUCUCUUAUUGUUGCUGAUGGGUUUUCUUCAAAGUCUCGGGUUGAAGCUCUAAAUGACGAACUUAUGGAAGACUCACACGACGAUCCAGUGAAUUCACCUGAUUCUCUCAAAACCUUACCCGAGUUAAGCUGUGGAAAGCAGUGUUUGGUUUCUAUAUCGUCAAAUUCAGGUGGGUUAUCACAAAUUUCGACUUCAACGCCUCAAUCUGAAGAAACCCUAACCAUUUCCUUGCCUUCUUCUCAUAUCGUAUCCCCAGGUAACCAGAUUUCGGUUCCUUCACAGUCAAAUCAAGAUGGGUCUGGGUCAUUUUUAGCUAAUGGUAAUGAAGAUGGGGUUUUAUUGGAUUCUGGCCACCGUUUGGUCGCUAGUUGUGAUAAUGAUGAUAGUGAGCCUAAUUCACCUAUGCAAUUAGCACGUGAAAGGCUUGCUUCGAGCUCGUCUGAUUCGAAGCUUGCUGAUGGAAAUGUUGAGGAUGAGGAAGAGAGUUUUGGUAAUGAUGACGAGAAAGAGAAUCCCAGGCGAUUUUUUCAUUAUGACCCUUAUUAUCACGCAAUGUAUCAUAAUCAAUGGGGACAUUUUGAUCCUGGGUUCCAUGAGUAUCAUCCGGGUUUACCUCCUCCUUGGAUUAAGAGGUUUCGCAGACAACCAUGUCCUCAAUUAUGGAAUCGUUGGGAUGACAGAGAGAAGAGAAGAAAUCAAGAAUACAUGCUUCCUGGUUUUAUGCAGGAAACUGGACCUACUGGUGUGGGUGCUGCGCUUUUUAAUAAAGGAAACACUUGUUAUAUUAAUGCAAUCCUGCAAUGCUUUACGCAUACUGUGCCUCUUGUUCAGGCUCUUCGUUCUUGCAAUCAUGAAAUGCCCUGCAUUACUGAAGGGUUCUGUGUUCUUUGUGUUCUUCGUGAUCACAUUGAACUUUCUUUAUCUUCGUCUGGAAAGAUUCUUGAGCCUUUGAAACUUGUCAACAAUUUGGAAAAUAUUUCAUCUGUUUUUUGUCGAUACCAGCAGGAAGAUGCCCAUGAAUUCCUCCAAUGUUUGUUAGAAAGACUUGAAAGGCAUUGUUUGGAUUCAAGCCUAACUGAUGACAGCGCAUCCUCCCAUGAUAAGAACAUAGUUGAGCGGGUAUUUGGAGGUCGUCUUGUUAGCAAAUUACGAUGCUGCAAUUGUGGUCACUGUUCUGAUAAAUAUGAGCCACUGAUUGACCUGAGUUUGGAGAUCGAAGAUGCGGACUCUCUUCAGAGUGCACUGGAGUCAUUCACCAAGGUGGAGAAAAUUGAGGAUUCAGAGACAAAGUUUACAUGUGAAAGCUGCAAGGAGGAAGUUUCUAGGGAAAAACAGCUUAUGCUGGACCAGGCUCCUUCAGUUGCUGCUCUUCAUUUGAAGAGAUUCAAGAUUGAUGGGACCUCUGUUGAGAAGAUUGGCAAGCAUGUACAGUUUCCACUGGAGUUGGACUUGAAGCCCUACACCAAUGACAAUGAGGACAGUGAUGAGGUGGGUUUCAAGUAUCAACUAUAUGCGGUUGUGGUGCACAAAGGAGAUUCACUUAUGUCCGGACAUUACUUUUGCUAUAUAAGAUCCUCUCCAGACACAUGGCACAAGUUGGAUGACCCAGAGGUCAGCAAGGAACAGGAAGAAUUUGUGCUCUCUCAAGCUGCCUACAUUCUGUUCUAUGCUAGGGAGGGUACACCCUGGUGUUCAAGUUUGAUCAAACCACAAGAGCUUUGCUCAGAUCCCAGAAAUUCAAAUACAUCACCCAAGUCAGUUCUAGAUAAUGUUAACCGUGAAUGCAUUGGUGUAGGGAAUAACAAAAGUUCUGAGACCAAUGUAAUUAAGGAUGCCAUUGAGGCAACUUCAACUCACAUCUCUUUUGAGAGAAAGUUUGAAGAGAGUGAAUCUAGAGUUGAGACUAAGGGAAAUUUUGCUCAGAUUUCCCCUGCCAAUAGACCAAACUUUCAUCGCAUUGUGUCUAUAGAUGAGACCCGCAUGGUUGAUGUUUCUGUGCCACUUGGAGUAAGUGAUUACCACGAUGGAGUUUUGCAUGAUGAGAUGUUAUGUUUUCCACCUUCUGUUGAAGAAGAUAACUGCAAUCAGGGUGCUGAGAAAAUUGAAAUAAAUGGUGAUCUGCAUUCCCCAACUCCACACAGAUCACCCACUCCAGAUAAAGGACUGCCAGAAGCCAGACAUCGUAUUCUGCGAGAUCAUCAGAAAGGGGAGAACCGGUUGAAUUGUAAAAGAUCAUCAAAAAAGGUCACAAAGGAUUCACAGACAGCAGAAGCUCUUAGAUGCAUCAAGAGAAUGCCAACUGCAAGGGGCAUGAAACUUAUGGCUGCCAUGCUUCCUAGGAAUGACAAGAUAAGACCAAGAUCAUCUCCAUGUAAAAGGGCCAGCCCUCCUGGUUCUCGCUGCAAACCCAGCAUACGCAUGGCAGUUAUGCGUUGAAUAGUUGAGGAUUGUUUUAUUUUACUGGCUUGGUCUUUGGCCAACAUAGAAGCAAUAUACUUCAAAUGCUAAGUUAAUGCCUCAUAGUGAUUAUUGCCUUUCUGAGCUGCAUGUUGACUACUCUGUUUCCCAUGUGUUGGGAAAGUAGGUACUCUGGUCUCUUAGGUUUGGCUAUACGUUUGGUCUGGGAAAUGUAAAGUUCAAUUGAAAUGAAGUUUACUCUUUUGCAA